UAUUAUAUACAUGCCACUAUCUGCCACCAACACCACUAUCAUAUUAUAUACAUGCCACUAUCUUAUUAUAUACAUUAACACAAAUUUCCUGCACGCACCAUUGUUUCCGGCGACUAGCUCUGUUUCUUGUUUAGUUGAGUUUUGUUCUUGCUUUGUUAGGUCUAGAUAAUGGGUAAAUUCCGUGCAUUGGUGGAUACCCUUGAGGUCAUGGCCUUGUUUCGCUGAGAUUAUGGUAUCCCUGACGACGUUACCCUUUUGUUGGCAAAGGUUGACGCCAAGCGCAUGGGUACAAGACACACUGCUGCCUUUCCUGUCGCUGUUAUUAUUGAAGGAGGCGUUCAGUUUCCUCUAGAGCCGUUAGUCCAUCGCUUUCUGCAUCAAGUCCAACUUACCACUAUGCCAGUGUCUGUAAAUUUGUUCCCAGUUGUCUGUGGUGUGUGUGCUUUGAAUAGACGAUUAGGCUUGAAUCUGGACAUAUGAGACAUUCUGGGUUGUUACACCCUUUCUCACAAUAAGGACCAUAGUUCCUCCUACCUUCGAGUCUGCUCUGCUAAUUGCCAUCUUGUCACUGGUUUGCCCGACUCUGACAAACAUAAUGAUGAUUUCCUACAAGCUGGGGGGAACUAGGAGUUCCCUGCUGGGACUGAGUUCCAAUCUGAACGGAUGCCUCAAAAAGAUGGCUACUCAGAGGCUUCUCGUUUCCAGCGCAGGUCGAACCGAGAGAACAUUGAGGCGAUCAAAGCUGUUUUGAGAUACAAGAAUAGGUCUGUCCCUAAACUGUUGGAAUAUCAAGCGACUUAUCGUUCCACAAUCCCGAAAAAAGCAAGGCUUGCUACAUCCCUUCUCGAUUCCGAUACUGAAACUGACACACCUCCUGCCCCCUUAGUUACAAACCGUCAUCGUGGUCGGAGUUUAUCUGUUGAGAGGACCCCUUCUCCUGCCCCCAGAUUCACAGAGGGAGGGUCGAUGUCGAAGAAAAGGGUGUUGGUAGACUUGGAGGUGGAAGCUUUUGGCUCUUCCUCUGCUCUGCAGGCUCCCCUGGUCAAGGCCGAGCCAAAAAGCCUUAUGGAUGUAAAACUGGAGAUAGGGGCCUCUGGCGCUUUUGUCGCUGCUACCGAACCUGCUGCUUCCAUCGUUUAAAGGGAAAAGAAGAGGAGGAGGUAGGAGACCGGCAAGGCUAUAGUUGGAGAGACCUCUGAGGAUCCUAUUGAGGACGAGACUUUUGAGAAAUGGGAGUCGCCUAUGCUUCACCAGGGCAGGCCUAUUUCUAUUUUUGACUUAAUUGUUGCUUCUGGAGACUUUGCUUUUGAUUUGACCAGGACCCUAUUGAUGCUAGUAAAUA